AUGCCCCCCUCCCAAGGUGUUCCAGAACCAGCUCCCAUCCGGCUGGUCAACGGUUCAGAUUUCUGCUCUGGGAGAGUUGAGGUGUUUCAUGAGCAGCAAUGGGGAACUGUGUGUGAUGACAGCUGGGAUUUAACAGAUGCCCAAGUGGUGUGCAGGCAGCUGGGCUGUGGGACAGCAAUGUCAGCGCCUGACUGUGCUCGUUUUGGACAAGGAACUGGACAAAUUUGGUUGGAUGACAUGAACUGUGCAGGAUUUGAAACUGCCCUUGCUGAGUGCCGAGUCAGGCCUUGGGGAGAGCACAACUGUGACCACGGAGAGGAUGCUGGUGUGGUGUGCUCAGGUAUUACAGAACCAGCUCCCAUCCGGCUCGUGAACGGUCCGAGUCAUUGUGCUGGGAGAGUCGAGGUGUUUCAUGACCAACAGUGGGGAACCGUGUGUGAUGAUGGCUGGGAUAAAGCAGAAGCCAAUGUUGUGUGCAGGCAGCUGGGCUGUGGGGCAGCAAUAUCAGCCCCUGGCUCAGCUCGCUUUGGACAAGGCUCUGACCCCAUCUGGCUGGAUGAUGUCAGUUGUGCAGGGACAGAGGCUGCCCUCUCGCAGUGCCGGUUCCGGGCCUGGGGAUCCCAUAACUGCAAUCAUGGAGAAGAUGCUGGUGUGGUGUGCUCAGGCAGUGCAGAAGCAGCUCCUCUCCAGCUGGUGAACGGCCCUAGUCGUUGUGCUGGGAGAGUUGAGGUGCUUCACAGCCAGCAGUGGGGAACAGUGUGUGAUGACAACUGGGACCUGAGCGAUGCUGCGGUUGUGUGCCAGCAGCUGGGCUGCGGGACAGCCAUGUCAGCCCCCGGAUCUGCUUAUUUUGGGCAAGGCUUUGGCCGUAUCUGGCUGGAUGAUGUGAAAUGCUCCAGCAGGGAAUCAGCGCUCUCCGAAUGUGCAGCAAGGCCUUGGGGAGUCCAUAACUGCAACCAUGAAGAAGAUGCAGGCAUCGUCUGCUCUGGUGGAAUCUAAACAUUGCAGAUGCUCUAGAGUGGAGAAGAGAGAUGACAGUGCUGGCAAACGUCUAUGACAUUUUUUCAACCCAAACAGAAGACAUCUUUGAAGGACAGAGUGCACCCAGUACAGAAGCCAAUCACGACACUCAGAUCUAUCUCACUGAUUUGUAAGCACCAAUCUGAUGUGCCCACAUCAGGAGCAUUGAUGGUCCCCUUCAGCUGAUAAAGAGAUACGGGCAGUCACACAGAGCAACUUCAGGCCAACUUCAGAAGUUUCUCUCACUCUACUGACUGUAAAUUAAUUUAUUGCCUGCCACAAAUUAAGUUUCAAGACAUGUUCUCUCUGGGAUGGAGGGAAUAUUUGGAGGACACAAGUGGACACUUGCUCUGCAACAUUUCUUGUCAGAUGUCUCUGCCCUAGAGACCACACAGUUCCCAUGCCACUUCAUCCUCUCCCUAUGAUAUUGCCUCUAGUCUAUGAAAGCUUUCUUGUUCAGGUGGUGCGGAUAUGUUAUAUAUAUUGAGGUUCUCUUGUGUAGCCAGUGCCCUCCUACAGAUGAGGUUUAGCUGUUGUCAUGAAUUCCUCAUGCAACCUCCCCUCUGAGCCUCUUGCCCCUCUGCAACAUUCCCUCCAAGCCUUAAACCAUUUCUAUGCUGUUUCUCACCUUAAUCCCCCAAAAUGUAUUUGUAGAUAAAUGAAAUUUCUGUCUUGCUCCUGUGAGUCUGUCUGAUGCUCUGUGUCAUGGUCAUAUCACCAUGAGCUUCACCUUGUUUCUGCUCUAAUGAUGAACAGCCAGUCCUCAAGCUGUGGUCCCCCAUCAGCCAGCCACCCCCCCAUUUGACUGUUCAGUGUGACACUAUAUGAUGUGAGAUAUCCCUUUGGCUAAUUUGGAUCAGCUGUCUGGGUUCUGUCCCAUUCUCACUCCCUGUGCACCCCCAGCUCCUUGCUGAGAAGCUGAAAAGGACUUGGCAUUGCACAAGCACCACUCAGUGACACUACAACACUGCUGGUUGACCAACAUUAUUCACAUCCUAAGUCCACAUCACCAUACAGCUACUAUGAAGAAUAGGAACUCUGUCCAGGAUAAAACCAGUACAGGCUGUAAUGUCACCUGCCCAUAAAAACAGCUUGAUUUGGCUUGGAGGCACUGGCUGUAAAUAUUGAGAUGAAGACCCUGGCUCUUUGUUUUUCUAUGACAAAACAUUAGUUCUUUGCUAAUGGGCAUGAAGCAUAUUGCAUCAAAUUACACAAAAAAGAUGAUAAUAACUUGUGUUAGGCAUCAAGGCUUGUUUGGACAUCCCCAAAAUGGGAAAUUGUCCGCCUGUGAAGGGCCAGCUUCAGCCUGUACAAAAAAUGAGAGAGGAAAAGGAGUGAAUUUUUCCCUAAGGAGGCAGUUGAUUCUCUAUAAGGAAGGGUAAACGAACCUAUAAACUAAGCUUGCCCUGUGUAAUACCCUUUCCAAUGAUUUUACGGAUGGCCUCCUUACAGGACUGAAUCUCACCAGAAGUAAAUGUUUCUCAG